ACUCUGGGGAAACUCAGGCUCGUAUUUAUUGUUGGCAUAAAAGUAAAAUUAUUUCAAGAUAGCAACAUCAAUAUUAUGACAAAUAUAAAUUAGGAAAGGAGUGGAUCCAUAUUACUGCACGACGUUACUGUAGAAUGAAAUUCAGUGGUGAUUGUCCGUAGAGAAAGAGAAGAGGCUCUUUGGGCCAUUUUAGCCGCCAUUGCUAGGGAGUUAUCAUCAAUAACUAGGCACCUAGUUUUCUAGGUCUCUAUUUUUUUAAAUUGUUAAAAGCGUAAAAUGAUAUUAUUUCCAAUAUUCAAUUUUGAAUAAAUACCAUAAGGAAUGGAAAAAAAUAAAGUAUCUCCAAAAAUCAUUAUUGAUGGUCACACAGUAGUCUGUGCUACUGAAUAUAUUCAAGAGCAGCCACCGCGUCUAACGCCAACUGGAAAAAUAAGUCACGCGAAAACGAGAGUUUAUACACAACGUUAUCGCAAAGAGUGGGAACUUAUGCCUGAUUUCAAAGGAUGGCUGACAUCAGUAGAAAGGCAAGCUACACGUGCGUACUGUACAUAUUGUAAGAAAAAUCUUCAUGCACAUCGGUUGUCACUAUUAAAACAUACCUGUACAAUGAAACACCAAAGAGCAGCACUGAUGCAUCAAACACAUAUGCAAAAAACUGGAGAAGGUGAUGUCAAGUAUUCACCUCUAUUUGAAACAAUAACUUUCGAAACUGUAAAACAGAAUGACGAUGAAGAGAACGAAGAUGGUAAUGAUAAUGAUGAUGAUGAUGAUGAAGGUAAUAAUGAUAAUGAGCAUGAAGUCGAGUACAACGAAGAUAUAGAAUAUAUUGAAGAACAAAGUAUAGAUAUGGACAAUGAGGAACAAAUUGACGAAAAAACCCAGCAGAUCGUUGAGCUGGAAGAUUGUGAUUCACAAGAUUUUUCUUUAAAAAUAGAUAAAAAUGAACCGUGUAGUAAAAAAAUUAAGCUAGAUCCUGGUGAGCGUAGAGAUACAUUGGCUGAAGCAAUGGCGCAUGUACAUGGAGAAUAUUCAGAUGAUAAUGACAAUCAAUACGAGGAAGAUGACUGUGAAAAUAUUGUGCAUGAUGAAGACAAUAUUACAGAAGAAGAGAGAGAAAUUAAUCAAGUGCCAAUAACUAAAAUCUUGAAAAAUCAGCAAAGUGGUGUAGUUAUUAAACUACGUAAUAAGAAAAUUACAGAUGAUUUAAAUACAAAUAAUGAUACUGAUGAAAUGGAAACAAAGGUUUACACUACUUGUCAAUUAAAUUCAUCACAUCUUUUGAACGCUGCACCACACGAAAUAAAAAAAUUGGUUGCUAUUGUAUCAAAGGGAACGAAAACAACGCUAUUUCCUGGUAAAACUCUGACAUUCACUCCAUCAAAAUUAAAUUCUAAAUUGGUUCUUGAUAAACUCAAAGGUAGUAAUAAUUUAUCUUUAGUGGUGUCAGAUCCAAAAACACUAACUCAACGUUCUCCUGUAUCUAAAAUAUCUAAUAACAAUGAUACCAAUAUUAAUAAUAAUAAUUCUACCAUUAAUACUAAAAGUAACUCAAAAGGAUCUACUGUUACCGCUGGUCCGAGUGAAAAAACUAAAAAACCAAGUAAUUUAGUUAGAAAUAUCAAAUUUAAGCCACCACCUAUUUCCACUCAUGUCAUGGAUACUAGCAAAGGAAUUCCUGUAUCUGGACUUCAAGUAAGUUUGUAUAAACUUAUGGAUGGACGAUGGACCUUCUUAAACGAAAGCUCAACAUUAUCUGACGGACGUUGUACAGAUCUUGUUGAUGAUUCAAAAAUAAAUUUAACGGCAGGCCGCUAUAAGAUUCAUUUCGACGUCGAUAAAUAUUUCACAGUCCGAAGAAUUGAAACAAUGUAUCCAUUCAUUGAAAUAGUGUUUGAUGUUAAGAAUCCAACAGGAAAUUAUCAUAUACCAGUUUUAUUGAGUCCACAUAGCUACACAACUUAUCGCGAUUCUGGAGGGUGGCCCUGUUGGGAUGAUAGUCAUUAAGACAAAAAAAAUUUAUUGUUUGACAAAAAAAAAAUUUGUUUUCAACCACUAGAAAUCACAUUAUUACAAA